AUGCAAAACACUCCUGAAAUUCAACGGUCCGCUGAUAGAAUCAGUGCCGGAGGUGACCUGAGCACAAGUGCAGACGCAACAUCUCCCGGAAAUGCACGCGUCCUGGACGAGCACGAUAUCGAGAUCAAACCCGCCAAAAGAUCACUGGCAAGCAACUAUAAAGGCUUCGUCGCAGGUGUGUUCUCAGGCAUCGCCAAAUUGUCGGUCGGUCAUCCCUUCGACACGAUAAAGGUCCGCCUACAGACUUCCGAAGUGGCGCAAUUCAAGGGACCGUUAGACUGCGUUAUGCAGACACUGAGAAAAGAGGGAGCCAGUGGAUUCUACAAGGGCGCCACACCACCUCUGCUAGGCUGGAUGGCCAUGGACUCGGUAAUGCUGGGGAGUCUCACACUAUACCGGAGGCUGCUCCACGAGUCUGUCUUCUCGAACCCUGCAUUCUGGCCUGGGAAAUCGGUGGCAGAGCUGGCCAGUCAACCAUUGCCUUCCUUUGGACAUGGAAUCGCCGGCAUGAUGGCCGGUUCAACUGUGUCUUUCAUUGCUGCUCCAGUUGAACACGUCAAGGCUAGAUUACAGAUCCAAUAUGCAGCGAAAAAGUCGGAGAGACUCUACAAAGGCCCGAUUGACUGCUGCCGUAAAAUUUUCAAAACCCAUGGUGUUCCGGGCCUGUACCACGGACUGUUUGCGACCCUGAUCUUUCGAUCUUUCUUUUUCUUCUGGUGGGGCAGUUAUGAUGUCUUCUCGCGUGCCUUCAAAGAACGCACCUCGCUCUCAACUCCCGCCAUCAAUUUCUGGGCUGGAGGGCUGUCAGCCCAAGUGUUCUGGCUCACUUCUUACCCCUCCGACGUGGUCAAACAGAGGAUCAUGACGGAUCCCUUAGGGGGUGGACUGAAAGAUGGCACCCCUCGCUUCAGACAUUGGAAGGACGCGGCGGUUACUGUGUACAGGGAGUCUGGGUGGAGGGGUUACUGGAGAGGGUUUCUGCCUUGUUUUCUACGUGCAUUUCCCGCGAAUGCAAUGGCGCUGGUGGCUUUUGAGGGUGUCAUGCGCUCGUUACCUGAUUGA